AUGACUAUUGAUUACACUUGGUGGAAAGACGCCACAAUUUAUCAAAUUUAUCCAGCUACAUUUGCUAAAGGGUUAAAAGGAAGAUACACUGGGGAUGACAAAACAUUCGAUGGUGCUUGUGGUGACAUUCCAGGAAUUAUCUCCAAAUUGGACUACUUGAAGGACUUUGUUGAUAUUAUCUGGCUUAGUCCUCAAUAUGAUUCCCCUCAGGACGAUAUGGGAUACGAUAUUAGUGACUACCAAAACAUCUAUCAUAGAUACGGUACUUUAGAGGAUAUGCAAAAGUUGAUUGAUGGUUGUCAUGAACGUGGUAUGAAGAUUGUUGCUGAUUUGGUCAUCAACCACACCUCUUCCGAACACAAAUGGUUCAAAGAAUCUAGAUCAUCAUUGGACAAUCCUAAGAGAGACUGGUACAUCUGGAAGAAACCAAGAUACGACGAAAAGGGAAACAGAUUACCACCAAAUAACUGGUUGUCUUACUUCUCUGGUUCCGCAUGGGAAUAUGAUGAAGCUACCGGAGAAUACUACUUGAGGUUGUUUGCUAGUACUCAGCCAGACUUGAAUUGGGAAAACGAAGAAACUAGAAAUGCCAUUUAUGAUACUGCUUUGAAAUUCUGGUUUGACCGUGGAAUUGAUGGAUUCAGAAUUGAUACAGCUGGUAUGUAUUCAAAAGAUCAAAGAUUUCUUGACGCACCAGUUGUUUACAAGGACCAAUAUUACCAACCAAGUGCAAAAUACACCAACAAUGGACCAAGAAUCCACGAGUUCCACAAGGAGAUGUUCAAGAAGGUUACCUCCAAGUAUGAUGCCAUGACUGUGGGUGAAGUCGGACAUUGCUCCAGGGAGGAAGCAUUGAAAUAUGUCAGUGCUUCUGAAAAGGAAAUGAAUAUGAUGUUUUUAUUCGAUGUUGUUGACGUUGGAUCCGAUAAAGGGGAUAGAUUCAGAUAUCGUGGGUUUGACUUGAAGGAUUUUAAACAAGCAGUUCAAAACCAAUGUGACUUUACAAAUGGGACUGAUGCUUGGUCUACCGUGUUUAUUGAAAACCACGAUCAGCCAAGAAGUAUCACUAGGUUUGGUGACAAAAAAUAUCAAACCAAGAGCGGUAAGUUGUUGGCCCUUUUGCAAACCACUCUAACAGGUACAUUGUUCAUCUACCAAGGACAAGAAAUUGGUAUGACCAAUUUACCAAGAGACUGGUCAAUUGAAGAUUACAAAGAUAUCAAUACGAUCAACUACUACCAUGCUUUCAAAGAGAAAUACGGAUCAGAUCCUGAUUUUGCAGAAAAGGAAAAGAAGCUUAUGGAUGUCAUUAACUUGUUGGCUAGAGACAAUGCAAGAUCACCAAUGCAAUGGGACGAUUCUGAAUAUGCAGGCUUUUCAGAAUAUGAACCUUGGACCAGAGUCAACACAAACUACAAAGAGGUCAAUGUUGCCAAUCAACUCAAAGAUCCAAACUCGUUGUUGAACUUUUGGAAGAAGUCGUUGAAGUUGAGAAAGGAAUACAAGGAUCUUUUAAUCUACGGGUCAUUCAAGAUUUUGGAUUUUGAUAAUGAGCAAGUGUUUACAUACGUCAAGAGUUUGCCAAACUCUGAUUAUCCCAAAGCUUAUAUUGUCCUCAACUUUUCCAAGGAACCUGCUAAAUUCAACAAAUUGAUUGAUGGAGAAUACAGGUUAAUCAAUGCUAACGUUGACAAAGAUGAUCUUGAUGAGGACACAUUGACUCCAUAUGAAGGAAGGGUUUACAUUGUUGAUUAG